AUUAACAAUUUUCCAGUAAAAUUGCAUGUUCUAAUUAUAAUUGAAUAAAAAACAAUAUAUUAAACAAUGAAUUUUAAUCAAUAUUUAUCCGUAUUAAUUUUAAUCAUACUAUCUGUUAAUUUGGUUACAAUAUUCUGUGAUGAUUGUCCUUCUGGUGAAGUGUAUCUUACUUGUGGCACAGCUUGCCCUAAGACUUGUGACAAUUACAGGGAAGAUAUAAUAUGUACUAAGCAAUGUGUUGUAGGGUGCUUUUGUAGAGAUGGGCAAGUACGACGCAAAUAUGACAAUCAAUGUGUAGAUCCUCAAGAAUGUUAAAGUUUCAUGGAGUGACUGGACA